AUGAAGCUGCAGGCGGUCAUGGAGAACCUGCAGCGGCAGCAGCGCGCGCGGCUGCAGCAGGCGCUGGAAGCGCGGCAGCACGAGCAGGCGCCGCGCGCCACGCCGCCGCCACCGGCACCGGGGCAGAGCUCCGGUGCCCCGGCCCCAGCGCGCACCCGCGGCCCCGACUCGGCCCCGGCGGCCUCCGAGGAAGGAGCGGAGCCGGAGAGCGCGCACAUGCAGCGCGCGCAGAUGGCCGCGCUGGCCGCCAUGCGCGCCGCCGCCGCCGGCCUCAGCCACUCGUCCAGCCCCGCGCUGUCGGAUGAGAGCCAGGCCUCGGAGGACGAGGAGCGCGGCGACGAGGAGGAAGAGGAUGGCGGCUACCAGCGGGAGAUGGGCUCCGAGGAAGAGGAGGAUCUGAAGGGCAAAUGGGAUGAAGAAGACUUUGAAGAGGACCUAGGGGAGGAUGAGGAGGAGGAGGAAGAGGAGGAGGACGAGGAGGAGGAGGAAGACUACGAGGAGGACGAAGACAUGGGAGAGGAAGGGCUGGGCUCGGCGGAGGCAGUGCGGCCGGGCGCGGGGUCCCUGCUGCUCCGCAAGCCGCAGGCGGCUCCGCAGUGCCCGGCGCGGCGGCCGGGCGGCCCCGAGCGCCUGGCGGCCGGCCUGGGCGCGCAGGGCCACGCGCAGCUCCCGCAGCCCGCGCCCGACCACGGCGACUGGACCUACGAGGAGCAGUUCAAGCAGCUGUACGAGCUGGAUGGCGACCCCAAGAGGAAGGAAUUCCUGGAUGACCUCUUCAGCUUCAUGCAGAAGCGAGGGACCCCCGUCAACCGCAUCCCCAUCAUGGCCAAGCAGGUGCUGGACCUCUACAUGCUCUACAUGCUGGUCACGGAGAAGGGCGGCCUCGUGGAGGUCAUCAACAAGAAGCUGUGGCGGGAGAUCACCAAGGGCCUCAACCUGCCCACCUCCAUCACCAGCGCGGCCUUCACGCUACGCACGCAGUACAUGAAGUACCUGUACCCCUAUGAAUGUGAGAAGCGGGGGCUGAGCAACCCCAACGAGCUGCAGGCGGCCAUCGACAGCAACCGGCGCGAGGGCCGGCGCCAGGGCUUCGGCGGCUCCCUCUUCACCUACUCGCCCGGCGGCACCCACGGGCUCCUCUCCUCGCCCAAGCUGCAGGUGCCGGCGCUCGGCCUGGCCGCGGCCACCAACGGCGGCUCCAUCGCUCCCGUGCAGAAGAUCAAGAAAGAGGAGGACUCGCCCAUCCCCAUCUCCGUGCCCAGCCGGCUGCCCGUGUCGCUGGCCGGCCACCCCGUGGUGGCGGCGCAGGCUGCCGCGGUGCAGGUGGCCGCGGCCGCCCAAGCGGUGGCCCUGGAGCAGCUGAGGGAGAAGCUGGAGGCCGGGGAGCCGCCCGAGAAGAAGCUGGCGCUGGUGACGGACGAGCAGCAGCGGCUGAUGCAGCGGGCGCUGCAGCAGAACCUGCUGGCCAUGACGGCCCAGCUGCCCAUGAGCAUCCGCAUCAACAGCCAGGGCACCCGCUCGCCAGAGAGCCGCCCGGAGCCGGGCGGCAGCGCGGGCAGCAACGGCACCAACAGCAUCAGCAUGUCGGUGGAGAUCAACGGCGUCGUGUACACAGGUGUGCUCUUCGCCCAGACGCCAGGCCCUUCCUCCUCCUCCUCCUCCUCCUCCUCCUCCUCCUCCUCCUCGCUCCCGGCCUCUGCCUACAGCAAGGGUGGCAGCGGCGGCCGGAGCGGCGGCCCCGCGGCGGCGCCCGCGGUGUCGGUGCCGCCCAGCUCUACCUCGAACAACCCUUCGCCUUAACGCCCGGCGCCGGCGGCGCCGCCGCGGGGCCCCUCGGGCUCCCUGCCCGUCCGUGUCCUUUUGUUGGGUUUCUUUUGCGUUUGCCAGGAAGA